ACAUCCACUCCGCCUGCCUCUCUGGUCCUGCUCACUACAAUAGCCAGGCUCUUGUGAAGGAGCUGCCUCUCUCGGCUCAGACAGACGCGCCUCAGAGCAGCAGCCGCACAUCCACUGACUGGCAUCCAGACGCGCAUUCCGGAAUACGAGGCAAUUCUGAGUCGAAGGUUCAUGUGGCAUUUGAAGCAGCUCUCUGGGGUCGCUGUCAGUCACUGUGGAUUCCUGUCUCUAGAAGAGCCCAUACCCCCAUCUUCCUCCUCGGCCCUCCUUCCAGCUCACGAUCUCUGUCACACGACAAGUCACUCCUCGUCCUCCUGCCCAAUUUCCAGCUCCGAACUCUGCUGAGAUGGACACCGAGUCGACCCACUCCGGCUACUCCAGUCGCUCGGGGAGAUCAAACCGCCACGGGGAACGUAGCCGCGACAGACACAAAGGCGGCAGCAGCAAAGACAGCAGUCGCUCCGAGAGAUCUGUCGUGAUCAACCCACCCGACACGCCGUCCCAGGACUCCCCCGUUCACAACGAAGAGCCGCUUCCCGGAGAGCCGUCAGCAGCAGCGGAUCCUGGAGAUGAAACCCAGGAUGAUAACUGGGGAGAGACCACAACAGCUGUUACAGGAACAUCUGAGCUCAGCAUCUCCCAAGAGGAAGUGGUUGGCCUUGGAAAAGAGAUACAGGAUCGAACACAGGGCUUCCGGCGAUAUCUCCCCCUGGCUGUGGGCUCCUGUGUGGGUCUGCUGGUGCUGGCCACACCCUUGGUCUUCCUGCUUCUCCCAGUCGUAAUGUGGCCAGACAGACUGCAGGCUUGCGGUGCAGCUUGCGAGGGCCUCUUCCUCUCUAUCUCUUUCAAAAUCCUCAUCCUCCUGGUUGCUGUUUGGGCCUUGUUCCUGAGGCCGAGCCGGGCCUGCCUGCCCAGAGUGUGUGUGUAUCGGGCAUUUCUCACCACUCUCACAUUGCUGCUCACCAUGUCCUACUGGCUUUUCUACGGGGUCCGGAUCCUAGAUGCACAGGAUGAAGAUUACCAUGGUAUCGUCCAAUUUGCCGUGUCUCUGGUGGACUCCCAGCUGUUCGUUCACUACCUGGCAGUCGUACUUCUGGAGCUCCGUCACCUCCGACCCUGCUACAGCGUGUGCGUCAUCCGUUCCACAGACGGAGAGACGCGCCACUACAACAUUGGACAGCUGAGCAUUCAACGAGCUGCUUUGACCAUCCUGGAAUAUUAUUACAGAGACUUUCCAUUGCACAACCCUGCCCUGCUCUCUGCCUCCAAACACAGAACUGCCAAACACCUGGCUGGGCUAAAGGUCUACAACGUGGAUGCCCCAGGGAGUACGGCUGCAGCUCAGCCCAGCAAUGGAAAUCAGUCACGGCCCUUGGUUACACCUGCCACCAAACGCAAAGACAACGCUCACAGUGAGCUAUACUAUGAGGAGGCAGACUAUGAGAGGAGAGUCCGCAAGCGAAGAGCCAGGCUGGUGGUUGCCGUUGAGGAGGCCUUCACACAUGUUCGGCGCAUGAAGAAAGAGGAUGAGAACGCAGCACCGUCCGACAUCAUGGAUGUUCGUGAAGCCGCUCUGGCCGUAUUUCCCUCAAUGGCUCGUUCCCUGCAGAAAUACCUCCGCACCACCAGGAGGCAGCACUGCCACAGCAUGGAGAGCAUCCAGAAGCACCUGGCUUUUUGCCUAGUGAAUAACAUGAGUCCUAAGGCCUUCCUUGAGGCAUACCUCGCUCCCGGUCCGACCCUGCUGUACGGCCCCGAGCGCUGGAUGGCCGAUCAGUGGACUUUGAUCAGCGAAGCUUCAGUGACCAGCGGCGUUAAGGAGGGAACAGAGUUCCUGUUGAAGUGUCUUGAUUUUAGUUUAGCAGUCACAGUCAAAGGUAUCCCUUACAUCCGUUUGACUGAAGAGUACAUUGACCCCAAAUCUCAUAAGUUUAUACUGCUGCUCCAAUCAGAAACAUCUGUUUAGUAGUGACGCAUUGCAGCGGUGCUGCUGCUCUGUAAAAAGCAGAACUUUUGCAGUUGUCCAGCUGAAUUUUUCCAAGAAAAGCAUUUUGUACCGUUUUUGUACUUAUGCGUGUUGUUUUCCAAAUUGAUAUGUUGUAGUCAUCGUGACGGACUGGAAUGAGGAUGAAGGGUUGAAAAGCAUUUCUUUCUGAAAACAUUUGCAAGGCUCACUUUAGUUAUACCUCCAUGCACUACAGAUGACAUCUGCAGUGCCUCUGAAAAGCAUUACUGUUGAACUUUUUAACAUUUUGUAAUAUUUUAACCACAAAUUCCAGUUUAUUUCAUAGGGAUGUCAUGCAGCAGGUAAAAUAUUGCACAAUUAUCAUAUGAGAUGAAAAGAAUACAUGGCGUUCAAUUUUAGCUAAAUGCAUUUGAAGUCAUAGCCGCUCGGUAAAUAGGCUAUUUUGUCCAACCAUCUUCUGUUGAAUAUAAAAAUGCUAAUAUUUUGCAGUGUCUUCACAGCUUUUGGGAAAUUCUUACUUCUUCAAACUAGCACAAGUUCAGUCAGGCUGGAUGGAGAGCAUCUGACAAAAGCAAUUUUCAUAUCUUAACACAAAUUUACAUUUUAGAUUUAAGUCAGGAAUUUGACUGGGCUAUUCAAAGCAUACAGGAAUAUAUU